UGAUAAGCAAACAGAACAUUUAAUUAAAUGAGUGUAAAUGACAGUUAAUUGUAUUGAAAACUACGGAUAUUUGAACAAAAUCUCAAUUUAACCCGAACCCAUUUAUGCAGUUAACCUCGACAUUGAAUUGUGUGAUUAAUAUUUAUUAAUAUUUAUUAAAAGUAUAGAUAAAAACUAAAACUAGCUUUUAACUAAAUUCAUAAGUUUAUUAUUAGAUUUUUAUUAAUAAGCAACAACAAUGACAGAUGUAGUGCCAGACGCCAAAUGCACCGAAAUAUCUAAUGCUGUAAAGAAUAUUGCAAUGCGAGUCACUCCUGCAAUAUUGAAAGAAAUGUUGAAUGAUUUAGAUAAGAGUGAACUUAUUUCCCUAGUUUUUCUAAUGGUAGACAGAAACACAGAUUUUUAUAAAGUUCUUGAAGAAGUUAAAGAAGAUCCUCGUAUUGCUUUUGAAAAGUUACCUAGUAUGAAUGCUUGGGCCGAAAAAUUAAUAGAGUCCUUGAUGAUACUUGGAAACAAAUAUGUAAUAAGAAGAAUGGGAUUUGAUAAUAAUGAAAUACAAUUUUUAGAAAAUUUAUUUGUAACAAGACAGCACAAUGUUAGUCCAUAUUUAAAUAAGGCUAUAAAGAGUUUAUAUUUUUUAUGUGCAAAUUUAGAUAAUAAUGAAGCUAAAAGAUUAAUAAACGAAGUGAACAAAAACUUAGGCAAGUCUUCACAUGUUAAUCCUAAUGAUAUAUACCUUGAAUUAUUUAUUUUAGAAUGGCUGCAAGAAGAAUAUAUUUCUGUUAAUCCAGAUGAGUAUAAUUUAUCUAAUUUAUUAAAAUGUGUAAAAAAUAUUGGUUGUUUAUUCGACUUGUCAUUUAAUUUUGAUUAUUGGGAAAUUAGUGAUAUGGUUCUGAGUAGAGACAAAGAAGAUUCACAGAUAUGUUCACAAACUCCAGAUAUUAACUGUAGCUCUCAAUAUCAUCAAAAUAUUAAUUGUAAUACAUCUAAUAUAGAUGCAGAUAUUAUGUGGUCUUCUCCUGAUCAUUUGAAAUUGUUUAUUAUUAUAAAUCAAAUGGAUUUUACAGAUACACAAAAGUUUAAAUCAAGAAGAAAAGGAUCAAUGGAAGAUGAAAUAAAUUUAGAAAAAACCUUCAAGAGCUGUAAUUUUCAAAUAGAAAAAUAUAGAAAUUUAAAAAAACAAUCAAUGAUGAAACUAUUAGAAUCUCUAAAUAGUAAAUUAUACUCCAAAUAUGGUGCUAUUUUUAUAUGUGUAUUAAGUCAUGGUUUCAAAGGUGAAGUGGUUUGUGCUGAUGAUAAUUGCAUAUCAAUUGAUGCAAUAAAAGAAAAAUUUUGCUGUCAAAAACUACAAAAUGUAUUCAAAUUUUUGAUAUUACAAUCUUGUCAAGGAGAAAAGAUAGGAUUAGUGGAGCGGCAAUAUGGUAAAUUAGUCAAAGAUGGUCCAUCUAAUUUUACUAAUCCUCGUUAUCGCAUGCAUUUUUGCCUUUUCCAUGCAACUGUACAGGACUUUGCAGCAAUAAGAGAUCAAAUGCGAGGUAGUUGGUUCAUUCAAGACUUAUGUAAACAAAUUCACGAAGCUGAUAAACAAAUUGAAAUAAGUGAUUUAAUUAAAAAAGUCAAAUUAGCAGUCACUAAUAGAAGGGGACGUUUAACUGAUCAUGAUUUAGAAGAUGCUGUUCAAGUACCAGAAGUAUCAGGGGAUACUACUAUGUAUCCUUAUGUGUUAAUCAAAGUUAUGUAAAUCGGAGAUCAGCAAAAAAUAUUUUAGCUUAAUUUUUAUAAACUUUUCGAUUGAAGCUUUUACUUUCGUAAAUUAUAACUAGUUUUGGAUAUUUAAGAAACAAUUAUUUUUCAAGUCAUUAUAAAAAGUCAAAAUAUUUAUAAAUCAAUUUAUAUUUUAAAUUUUAGAAAGUAUCUUAAAAAAUUGAUAAUCAAAAUAAUUGUAAUGUUGCAAUUAUUGUGAAGUACACAUAAUAAUUUAUAAGAAUGAGAAACAUAAAGAAUAGCUUACAUUGCUCAAGCAUUUGAUAAAAAAUUAUGAAUGAAAAUGUUUCAUAAUAACGGAAUUGUAGUUUUAUGUUAAUGUAUGAAAAAUUAUAGAUAUAUUAUGAAUGAAGACAAUAAUUGAAGAAUUUACUAGUUGUGAUAUGUGAUAUUAAGAUUUUUUAAUUUUUAUAUGAGCUCAUAU